CGCAGCCGAGCCGCAGGUUUCGCCGCUCCGCCCCCGUUUCGGAGCCCACGCCGUGUCCCGCCCCUUCCACGCGUGCCGGCCGGCGCGCUCCUCCUCCUCCUCCCGCCGCCUCCGUCCUCUCCCGAGGAAGAGGCUCGCCGCCGCCCCGCUCGCUCAGAAGGCGCCCCGCGCGACCCCCGAGCCCCCCGGGGAAGAGAGAGAGCGAGAGAUGGCCGGGACGCCCCCUCGCCUGCUGGCCCUCGCCCUCCUCCUCGCCCUCGCCCUCAGCGGCCGAGGAUAUGCUGACGACUCGGACUUUGAUUUAGAAGAUGCACUGGGUGACUUUGUCCCAACGAAGAGACCUACUCACAAGCCGCCGCCCAAGAAGACGUCAGGUGGCACAGGCGAACUCGACCUGAUGGAUUUCUUUGAUUCCCCGCCGGAGAGAACCACCAGGCCUGCCAAGGCCACCACUGGCCCUUAUCCCAGGAAACCAGAUGACGGCGGCUGGAACAUCCCUCAUACCACCACCACCACCAAGCAGCCCAAAACUACCAAGCCGCCCCCCAAAAAGACUCAAGGGAAAGACCCCAUGGAUUUUGACUUGGCCGAUGCUUUUGAUGACCCGAAUGAGAGACACCAUGGGGGCGGACCGCCUAAAGGAAAUCCUGGUGGAGGCUCCAAAGGUGGAGAUAGAAGAGGUGGAGAUUCUGGGAUUUCGGAUGAUGACCUGAUGGGAAUCGUGGACGAAGGAGGUUAUCAGCCCGAUAAGAAAAAAGGAGACAGCGACAAUGAUUACAGUAACGGUGCCCUGGUGGAAACCGGGACAAUUGCUGGCAUUGUCAGUGGCCUUGCCAUGGCCUUGAUCGGUGCGGUCAGCAGCUACAUCUCCUACCAGCAAAAGAAAUUCUGCUUUAGCAUACAACAGGGCCUCAAUGCCGAGUAUGUGAAGGGAGAAAACAUGGAAGCGGUGGUGACCGAAGAGCCACAAGUGAAAUACUCUGUUCUCGAACCACAGACAGCGGAAGCUCCACCGCCUCAAGAAAACGCAAAAGUCUGAAAUCUCAGCCCCUCCGGCUUAAAAAAAAACAAACACCAAUUGUUGGCAAAAAAAAAAA